CUAGGGCCGCAGCCCGCAUCUGCCACCGCAAUCUGGCUGUAGCUGUGCCUUGUCGUGUACGCUGGGCGAGGCCUGUAGAGACCCGGAGGGGGUCUAGGCCGGCUCCCCUGCCCGAGCUACCCUUUGCGCAGACAGGCGCCGGCCUGGGGCCCGGGGCGAGAAAAGCAGCCACCGCCCAGCAGCGGCGCGGAGACGCACGGUGCGCCCUAUGCUCCCGCGCCUCCCCAGCCCCCGCCGCGGCAGCCCGAGCGCACCGAGAGAACGCGCCACCGCGGGGCCUGGGUGCAGCUAGCGACCCUUGCCCCCAGCGCGCAGCCUGAGGUGAGCAGUGAGCGGCGAGCGGGACGGCAGCGAGGCGUUCGCGGGCCCCCUCCUGCUGCCCGGGCCCGGCCCGCUCAUGGCGGCCAUCCGCAAGAAGCUGGUGGUGGUGGGCGACGGCGCGUGCGGCAAGACGUGCCUGCUGAUCGUGUUCAGUAAGGACGAGUUCCCCGAGGUGUACGUGCCCACCGUCUUUGAGAACUAUGUGGCCGACAUCGAGGUGGACGGCAAGCAAGUGGAGCUGGCGCUGUGGGAUACGGCGGGCCAGGAGGACUAUGACCGCCUGCGGCCUCUCUCUUACCCGGACACCGACGUGAUCCUCAUGUGCUUCUCAGUGGACAGCCCGGAUUCGCUGGAGAACAUCCCCGAGAAGUGGGUGCCCGAGGUGAAGCACUUCUGCCCCAACGUGCCCAUUAUCCUGGUGGCCAACAAGAAAGACCUGCGCAGCGACGAGCACGUCCGCACAGAGCUGGCCCGCAUGAAGCAGGAACCCGUGCGCACGGAUGACGGCCGCGCCAUGGCCGUGCGCAUCCAAGCCUACGACUACCUCGAGUGCUCGGCCAAGACCAAGGAGGGCGUGCGCGAGGUGUUCGAGACGGCCACGCGCGCCGCGCUGCAGAAGCGCUACGGCUCCCAGAACGGCUGCAUCAACUGCUGCAAGGUGCUAUGAGGGCUGCGCCCGCCCCCACGAGCCCGGAGAAGGGGAGACCCACGCACCCCAAGGACCCCACCGGACUUCCUGGCGUCUGCCUUCCGGCCCGGCCACCGUGGCCUGGCGGCUCUGGCUCUGGCGCCGGGAACCGGCGUGAGAGGCACCGGGCGCCCCCUUUCCAGUGUCUGUGUGCGUCUGGCUGUGUUGCACAGGCCCGGGCGCCCCGUUGAGUGCCAAGGGUCCCCUGAGCACCCUUUUCUGAAGAGCCAAGGCUCUUCAGAGUGUGUAGCUGUGUGUAUGUUCGACUCCCCCCGCCCCGUUUUCACCCCACCCCCGCCUCUGGUCCUCGGAGACGAGCUUGGCGCCGGGAUGCGGCCGCACCCCAUCAGAUGUUCGCCCAUACCAGCGAGCGCCUGCUCUCCCUUGUCUGUAACAUAGACCACGGGAACUGCGGGAGGGAGGGCUGGGGAGGAUGGGGUGUUAUAUAAAUAAAGAUAUAAUUUUAUUUUCGGAGGUAGGAUGGUGUUAUUUAAUGGUGGUGGUGUGUGGAGUGACAGGGCGCUAGAACAGCUCCGGCCCAGCCUGGGUCAGGCGCCCCUCCAAGCAUGAACAGGACUUGGCCAUUUUUCCAACCCCUGGGGAAGACAUUUGCAACUGACUUGGGGCUGAGAGGACACAGCUUCUAGACUUCUCCUGCGCCCCUGGCGAACCCCUCACCAGCCACUGGCAGGAGGAGGGAGAGUGUACUGCGGGUUGUUUUUGCCAUAAGCGAACUUUGUGCCUGUCCUACGAAGUGAAAAUUGUUCAGUCCAAGAAAAUGAUGUUAUUUGAUUUAUUUAAAGGCUAAAACUUGUUGGGUUUUUUUUGAAAAGAAUUCUUUGCACAAUUGUUUCAUUGUUUCACACUUAAUGCACUUGUCAUUUGCAUAAGACAGUAGCAUUCUGACCACACUUGUACGCUGUAACCUCAUCUACUUCUGAUGUUUUUUAAAAAAAUGAUGACUUUUAAAAAACAAGGAGAAAAAGAAACCACUAAUUUUUGUUUUGUUUUCUUGAAGAAAGUGGCAGCACUGUUUUUUGAUUUUAUUUGUGCAGGUAUGCGCACUAUUUUGAUAAAGGGCAGUAACAAGUAUUGGGGCCUAUUUAAAACCUUUUUUUUUUUUUUUUUACAAAGCAGUCUCUAGAGCUAUGUGAAAUUUUCUCUGCAUCUCUGUACAGAGAAUGAACCUGCCCCUAGGCUCUCCUUUCUCCCCCUCCCUUCCCAAGCCAGUGGUACUUCUACUAAAUUGUUGUCUUGUUUUUUAUUUUUUAAAUAAACUGAUAAAUGACAAA